UUUGGACUGGUAUACUGAGUUUCUUCACCGAGUCAUCCAUCCACACAUCUACUUACUUGUCUCCCCCAAAUUUUAUCGAUCACCUUCUCCUUUACAAAACCCUAAUUUUCUCAAUUUCCGAUCCAUCGCAUGAUUUUAUCUUCUUGUAAUUUCAGCUUCUUGAACUAAGUAAGUAAACAAACAUCAUGGUGAAGCUGACAAUGAUUGCCCGUGUAACCGACGGCCUUCCGCUCGCUGAAGGACUUGACGAUGGGCGCGAUAUGCCAGAUGCAGAGUUUUAUAAACAACAAGUUAAGGCAUUGUUUAAGAAUCUUUCUAGGGGACAUAAUGAGGCUUCUAGGAUGUCUGUUGAAACUGGCCCUUAUGUUUUUCACUAUGUAAUUGAAGGGCGGGUAUGCUAUCUAACAAUGUGUGAUCGUGCUUAUCCAAAGAAACUUGCAUUCCAAUAUCUUGAAGAUCUAGUGAACGAAUUUGAGCGUGGUUAUGGGAAUCAAAUUGAAACUGCUGCAAGACCGUAUGCUUUCAUUAAAUUUGAUACAUUUAUACAGAGGACUAAGAAGUUGUACCAGGACACAAGAACUCAGAGGAACAUUACUAAGUUGAAUGAUGAACUAUAUGAAGUUCACCAAAUAAUGACUCGUAAUGUACAGGAAGUUCUUGGUGUUGGUGAAAAAUUGGACCAGGUCAGUCAAAUGUCAAGCCGCUUAACCUCAGAAUCUCGCGUAUAUGCUGAUAAAGCAAAAGAUCUAAACCGACAGGCUUUGAUUAAGAAAUGGGCUCCUGUUGCUAUAGUUCUUGGAGUUGUGAUUCUACUGUUCUGGGCCAGAAAGAAGAUAUAUUGAUCAUGGCUUCAUUUAGCUCUAUGGAAAGUACCGUUCCAAUUCUCUGAGUUCCUGUUAUCCUUGCAUCUUAGUUGCCUUAUUAUCCAUUUGCCCUUUGAAGAGAAGUUUUGUUUAUGUGCUUUAACACCUAGACAAGUUUAAUUUACGGAGAAGCAUUCACAAUCCUGAUAGAUCUCACAUUUGUAUCGGAUUCAAAACGGUUUUUUCUUAUAUCUGUAUUAGUUGCCUUAUCAUCCAUUUGCUCCUAAAGAGAUGUUUUGUUUAUGUGCUUUAACACCUAGACAAGUUUAAUUUACAGAAAAACAUUCACAAUC